CACACAGGAGACAGACUUGAUAUAAAGACCAUCUUCUUGCUCCUAUCUCAACUAUUUAGCAGGACUUGGUUUCAGUAUGGAACUCGAACUGAAGAAUGUGAACUUGAGACCUGGAGACAAGCUGAAAGUAAAAGGGGAAAUUUUGCAUGACGCUGAGAGGUUCCAGAUUGACCUUGGUUUGGACUCAGAGGACCUGGCGCUGCACUUUAACCCUCGUUUCCAUGAUGAUGCUGAUGGAGCCGUACUAGUGUGCAACUCAAAGACAGCGGGUUGCUGGGGCGAUGAAAAGAGGGAAAUUCACAACCCUCUGCUGAGAGGCAGUGAAGUGAAGAUUGUGUUGAAACUCUCUGAAGAUGUGUUUGAGGUGGAGCUCCCUGAUGGACAAGAGAUGCAGUUUCCUAACCGUGCAGACAUGGAUGUCAUCACCUACAUCCGAGUUGCAGGGGAUUUCAAACUCACAAGCUUUAAGAUCUGCUGAAGCUUGUAACAGAAAUGCAUGAAGAUCUAAAUACCAGAAUCAAAUAAACCAAUGUUG